AUUGACUAGUCGUUUCCGUAGUCGUAGCCAGGCUGCAAGCAGACAAGGGAAAGGACACAUCAGCAACAUGGAGUGUCGAGCUGUGCUAACAUUCCCUUUGGUAAUUCUGACAUGUUUACUGGGGACAGCAGACAGUAAUCCUACACGUUCACCAUGUGCCACACAGUCGUCAUUUAGCAUGGAGACAGUCAUGAACCAUCCGAUACCCCGUCGUUGUAAGAAGGGUUUAAUGACUUGGCACUAUCCCAUGGGGAGUAUGAUCCUCCACUUCCAACCAAGGAUCCCCGAAAACAGAACUGUCUGGGUCUGUGUAUCGGCCGACACAGCAGCCACUGGCAUGGGAUUGUCCGAUGUUACCGCAGAAAGAGUGCGACCACUUCCUAACUUUGUCAGUCGUUACUACGCGACGUGUGUGCCCACGGUCGAAGGACGAGUUGACCUGAAAUGGGACGUCUCACAGGAGAUAGCAACUUACAUAGCCACCAUUGCCUACACUGUCGUCAAAGUCCCGCGUUAACGCACCGAACGACGUUACUCGUAUCCUAACAAAUAGGUGACUGAUGAGGUACUCCACAGGUGACAUACAUAUUUCCUCUCCCGUGUUAACUUGCUCUCAAGAGGGACUCUUUAUUUUUCAAUUAUAAUUAAAGUAAGAAGAUCGAAAGAAAACUGUAAAUAUUAGUAUAUACAGGAACAACAACAUUACAACCCUGGUUGAUAUAAUGAAUUAAACUAUAACCCCGUUCUAAAAUAUACAGAGAAACGUGACCUUUUCACUUUCGAAAUAUUUGGGGAAAUUCUUUCAGGUAAAUUACUCCAUUUAUUGACAAAAUUGACCAUUUUCUUAUUUUAAUUGAUAUGAUGUUUCAUCAUUUAUUUUGGUCUUAACAUUUACGUUUGUGAAAUGAUACAAAAGUGUGGAAAAUCAAUAUAAUCAUUUCACUGGUAAAUAUGUGUAUGGCCAUUUACCGAAACACCAAUUAAUUACUUAUAACCCUCAGACAAUUCACUAACAAAUAUAUAGCCGAUGAAAACUGAGUCGAUAUUAUUGGCUAUUUUCCUGUUAUUGACUAUUGAUUGUAUCCGACUGUGUAUUAAUUUUAGCACAGGUCGUUUCUAAAAACACUAUUCAUUCAUGAGGGUCUACCAAACAACUACCAAUCAACAUUCAUACACGUUAUUUCUAUCUAGACUCCCCUUUAAAACGGCAGGACUUAGUUUACACAGAUGACUUAUGGAAUUAAUAUUAAAAAAAUUGAACCUCAUCCGGUCAACAAUACGUACAAAGUGUGAUAAAUGAUUCCUUAUCUUGUUGUCUAUAAAUGAUUCCUUAUCUUGUUGUCUAUAAAUAAUUUCUUAUCUUGUUGUCUAUAAAUAAUUCCUUAUCUUGUUGUCUAUAAAUAAUUCCUUAUCUUGUUGUCUAUAAAUGAUUCCUUAUCUUGUUGUCUAUAAAUCAUUCCUAGUGUUAUAUGGGGUUUUACCGUUGAUAUUACUUUCUUGACCUUUAUAAAUAUAUUGACAUAUUAUCAUUGGAUCCGCAGGAUAAGAAAGAGCUGCACCUUAUUUUACAAAAAUAACAAGUAAUGUAUGACCUCAUCCAUAUAGCUAUGGACUGACAAGACCGAAAAGGAGAACUACUUUAACUCCAUGAAGUAAACAUGUGCCCGUCGUAAGCUUACUGCCCGUUGAGAUGGAUUUUGAAUCGGAUUAUGAGGCAAAGACUUAGCUUCAUAAUAUAACACUGUUCCUAUGUAUUAUUUCAUUGAAGUGUUUUGUAACCAUGAAUACAUGUCAACACUG